GAGCGCUUGUUUGUUUACAGUUGCGUGUGCUCCUGUCGCUCGCGCGUGUGUGUUUUUUGUUGUGUUUUUUUUCUGCUGGAUCUUGGAUAGGUGAACACACUAUCAGACGCGCAUGUGUAUGUACACACACUUCAACAAAAGCAUUGUUUCCUAAGUGUGUUCUCGUUUUAUCCCAGUGCGUGUAGAUAUUCUGACGUCUGCUAAGGUCGGCAGUUUACGGCCGGCGCUUUAUUUAUUGAUUCAUACUAUUAAAUCGAUUGAUGACUUAUAAUAGUAUGAAUGAAUUUUUGAUUUGAUCACGUUUCUUAAUGAGAUACUGUUAAUUUCAGUACAGGCGGAUAGAAGGCGACUUAUAUUAAACUGAUCUGUCUCCUUCCUGUAUGGACAUUAGGUGCAGCUGUACCUAUAGAUCAUUAUUAUCGGAUCUAGAUGGUCAACAAUGGUAUGGAACCCUGUUCUGGACUUAAAGCUAUUACAGGAUUGAUAGGAUGUGCAGUGUAUCCCCAUGGUCUAUGACAGACUCCAUCAACCUGCGCACACCAACCAUGCAGUCUACUUGUGUUCAUCUAGUACCUAACACUCUAGCGCUACGACCUACACAAUGGACAUCUCAGGACGUCAAGGCGUGGCUAAGAUUUUGUGUGGAGGAAUUCUCCCUCAGCCCCAACUGUGUAGACAAGUUUGACAUGAACGGCAAGGCCCUGUGUUUGUUGGAACGGAAAGACUUCAUGGAAAGAUCGCCUGCCUGUGGAGAUGUUCUGUACAAUGCAUUCAAAAAGCAUCAGCAUCAAUGGUCAAGACAGAUUCCUACAGAUUGUUAUGUUGGCUUACAGUUGGUCACCGUGCCCCCUAACCAACAAAACGAUGUGAUCAGUUCACCUCCAACACAAGGAAGCAAGUCACCGUAUAUCUCCAUUCUACCCAGAAACAAAGAUGGCAUUGUCAGCAAAAUGAGUUGCUCAGAAAGUAUGGACUCUAGCAGUAGUCAGCCGAUGGACAGCAAAGAAAGCAACAUUUCCCUUAGUCAGGGAGUUCCCACGAGUAUGCUAAGCCCUGCACCUUCAGAGAGAUGUACCUCAGACAGUGAAAAUGGAUCUCCACAACACAACAGUGACCCAGAAAUGGAAGCAGAGUUUGACCCAGAACAUCCAACAGAUGAUGGAGUUUGUCGCUUGUUAUGGGAAUUCAUUUACCAAUUGCUUCUGGAUGGGGAAAAAUAUUCCAAAUUUGUCUUGUGGGAGUCAGAGAAGGACCUAACCUUCCGAAUCAACAAUCCUAAUGAGUUAGCAGAGUUCUGGGGCAAACAGAAGAAUAGGACAAAUAUGACCUAUGAGAAACUCUCCAGAGCUUUAAGAUAUUACUAUAAGAUGGACAUAAUUAAAAAAGUACCAGGAAAAAGACUCACAUACCAAUUCCUACAGCAUCCUAAAAAAAUUCGAAAAGGUCAGCGUGGAGCAAGACCUCAUUGCAACAGGAUACCAGUGAAUGGUGAAAUACAGUCUUCAGAGCCUAUUCCAAUAGCAUUAAGACCAUCUUCAGCGUUGUCUGGAACAAAAUCUCCACCAAUCUCUAGUGGAGUAAAUGCUGAUAACUGUAGCCAAAGAUCUUUUCAAAUCUCCUCAGAGUACAAGACUUCUGAGAGCCCAAGUAACAUAAACUGCAUUUUGCCACCUGUAAAUGUUCAUGAAAGCACAGAUUAUGAAAAUCUAGAAAACAAAAUGGCAGCCAGGCAGGAAGUGGAAAACUAUCCUCAAAAUUCAUUACUAGUUGUGCAGAAAAUAUCAGAAGAAAUAGAAUGCGACAAUGCAGGGGAGAAAAAUCUAAACAAAUACAAUAGGAGUGAUGUUUCCACACCACCUUAUGGUACUGACAUCAAUUUGCAGGCUAAUGGUAUAAUUUUAUCACAAAGCUUAUCUUAUGCUUCUUCAUUUUCAUGUGUAAGUAGGCCAUCACAGACUUUAACCAACAUGGAUGAGCCUUCAGUCCUAUACGACCGCUUACCACUGCCUCAGCACACUAUAGUUCAGCGUUCAACAUCUCUGUCCCCAAAACGUUUAUCUCCAGAAGCAGCAUCGCACUUUUGUACAUCUCUGCAUGGUCCAAAAGAAGCGCACUAUAGGCAGCAAACGGCUUACCCUUAUGUACAGCUUCACCUGCCACAGCAUCAGUAUGGCUCCUCUCAUAGCCACCAUUACUAUCCCUUCCAAGACAGCCACUCACAUUCAUAUCAACCCAUUUCAAAUAUGUACCAGCCUGAGUUUCCUAGAGAAGUAGCAACGCCUCAGGAGGCUCAUCUUUCUGUUAAGUAUGAAACAUGUGAUGAACAGCCUGAAGAUCUUUCAAUAAAACCGAUAGCCAGAAAAAUGCUACAGCAGAAAACCUGUGGAUGAUUCGUAACUCUAUGUUGAUGUGGAAAAGACAUGAAAAAUUGCUCAGAGACAUUUAUUGUUAAUAAAGAAAAACUGUGAUGCCCUUUCUUUUUUUAAAAACAAAAAGCAAAAAAAAAAAAAGAAAGGAUUUCUUCUGACUUUCAAACUGUCACAUUGAAAUCAGUCUUUCACCCAACAGUUUAGAAGUAUAUUAAAGCUACAUUUUUAAACAAUAGCACUGCACACAAAAAAUGUAACAGCCAUUUAGGUGAAUUAAUAUCAAAUCUAUGACAAUAGUAAAUCAAAUAUAUAUUAAUUUGGGGGGCGCGGUGGCUGAGAGGAUUAAGCGCUUGGUUUCUGAACCUGAAGUCUUGGGUUUGAAUAUUGGUGAAGACUAGGAUUUAGAAUUUCAGGAUUUUUAAGGUGCCCGUGUCCACCCAACUCUAUUGGGUACCUGACUUUAGUUGGGGAAAGUAAAGGCGGAUGUCGUAGUUCUGGCCACAUCCUGCUCUUUAACCAUACAGAUACAUCAUCGGCCCCAAAUAUCGCAAAGUCUGAAAGGGGAAACUACUUUUUUUUACUAUUAAAUCUAUGACAAUAGUAAAUCAAAUAUUUAUGAAUUGGACACUAAUGAAUAACAUAAGAUAUUACUAGAUGUGUAAUAUCACAUGGUAAGAUUCUUUCAAAGACUUCAAAUUUUUACAAUUCUUUAGUUCCUAAAAUAUUAAUCAAACAUAGAUUGUUGUAUGACAAAAGCAAAAAAAAUAAAAAAAUGUCAACAAAUUAAAAAGUUUAAUUGAAAAGAAAAAAAUAUAUAUCUGAGUUAAACAUAAAUAUAACUUUUAAAUUUAAAUAUAUAUAUAUAUACAUUAAGCCACUAAACACUGAAAAUGAUUGCAGUUAAAGAAAAAAUUCAUAGUUGGAUGGCUGCUGGUAAUGUGGUAUAUGCUUGCGUCUGUGAUCUGGAUGGUUUCAGAUUUGAACAGUACUCAGCCAUCCCCUGAAUUCCAGCAGGAAGUUCGGUCUUCUUCUAGCCAGCUUUUUGCUGCUGAGCUGUGAGCUCUUUUAAAGUUGGGUCAGAAUGUAAUCAUCUUCAUUUUUGAAGAACUGACAAGUAAAAUCUUUAACUUUUAAAAUGAGAUAAUCUAUGCAUCUUGGCAAGUUGAGGAAACCAUGGCAAAUUAUUUUUUUUAUCAUUUAUUGGUACCAUGUAAAAUGAAAGGCAGUAUCAUUCUCUUACCAAAGAAUAUUGUUCUGUCAGCUGGUGUUUAUGUGCUUGUCCAGUGCUUAUUCAUACAUGUGUGUGAAAAAACUAACUUUUUUGUGUCAAUUGUCAUGGUUCUUCAAAGUGGGAUCACUGUACUUAACUUUAAAACUAUCUGCUUAUCUAUUUUGUAUCAGUUAAAUCAUCGUGUGUGUAAAUGUGUUUGUAUUGAAUCUCCGCUAGAGAAAUCUAACAGCAGUUGAUGAUCUCAUGAUCCUUUAAUCAACUCCUGAAUGUGCCAUUAGAAUGUAUUCCUACUCUGCAAAAAGUUUGUAAAUACAUAUUUUCAUAUUUUAUAUACAACACAUCAAACAGCUGUGAUUAAUUAUUAUACUAGUGAAAUUGUGCGGACACAUUUAUAUAUUUUUUUUAAAUAUAAAGCAUAACAAAUUUAAUCCUUGGAGUUGGAACUAUAAACAAUGAUAAUUUUGUUCAUGACCAUCGACCAAUGUUAGCGAAAUCUAUGUAAUUACAAACUGUAUCUUUUAUUUGUCUAUGAUCUUAGGUAGCCAUAAAUCAUUUGAGCAUUUCUUUUAGUAAAUUGUAUCUUUAACACAAAUACAUUUUAAUGUUGCCUUUUAAUUUUUAAAGUUGAAAACUUAAAUAUUUGCCUUUCAAUUGAGACAGUAGGCAGCUUUUGAAACAUUCCAUUGAUUUUUUUUCCCCCCAUGGCCAAAGUAACUUAUUCAACAAAUUUAACAAUUUUUUUCUAAGAACAAUGUCUAAAGCAAACUUUCAAUUCUAAUAUUGCAUUUGUCAUAUAGUAAAAAAAUAAAUGGGCAUUUUUUGUUGGUGUUGUCAAUACGCAACCCAUCACACCCCUUUUUUUUUUCAAAAGUGAACUAUCUCCUUCUUAUUAAGUUACACAAAACUUUUGUAAAAGAUGGCCAUUACUGAAGAUGUAUUUUAAUAUAAAGUCUCUAUUCAUUUUAAAAAAUCAUUUUCAUAAUAUUAACACAUUUUUUCUCCAUUGACCAAUACAAUUUGCCUAUUGUAAUUAAAAAAAAAAAGGUGUCAGUUUAACAAGCUUAGUGGUUAAAACAGGAACAGAAUAUCUCUUAAUUUGUAUGAAGACACCUGCUCAUACAUACAUACAUAGGAUGGCUGCCUGGUCAUGCGGUUUGCGCUGGACUGUCGUUCAGAUUUAUCGAUGGUCCAGGGUUCAAAUCCUGCCCGCUCCUAUCCCCCGUUGUCCUGCAGGAGGUUUGGACUAGGAAGUAAUUAUCUUCAACUCUGAAGGAACAUCCAAAACAUAUAAAACAUUUUACAUACCAAUGUUUUAGCUAAAAUAUUUAUAUGGAAGAGGAUAGGUACUUAUCCAGCUAUUAAUCCUUAUGUUUUGCUAGUAAAAAUAGUUUUUAAUUGUUCAAAGUGAUCGUAGCCUAAGUAAAGUGACAUUGAUACAUUAACAAAUGCAGUCAAUAGAUGAAAAAUUAAGAAAUACCAUCCCACCAGUUGCUCAGAUGUAUUUCAUCAAAGUGUUAGCAUUAAUACCUUACUAUUUUGUUAUAAAAAUUAUUAAAGCAAUGGUAACUUAUAUACAAGUGUUUUGAAAUAUAUCUGUAAUAAUUAAAUAUAAUUAUCAACCACUCCUGCCAAAAAAAAAAUAUUUUUUAUUUAUUGAGACUUAUUUUCUGAAAAUGAACUUGAUAAAUAGUAUUUUAUUUGGAGUUUUUGUAUCUUUUUCAUUUCAAAAAGUAUAAUAAACAUCCUCCCCUAAUUAAUAGUGCACAUUUUAAAAUUUCACUUUGUUUUGUUGUCUAACUUUGUGCCUACAAUGGAAUGUAGAAACAGAAUUCUAUUUAUCUAACUACACUGUCUUGUACAUGGACGAGCACACUAGCAAUGUAAAGUUUAUGUAAAUAAAAUAUGUACAAUACAAUGUGUCCUCAUUGUACUUGAAAUAAAACAUUUAUCAAGCCUAUUUGCUUGAUAGUUGUUUUUUUAAUUGUAGUUUGAACUUCUAGUGAAUGACAGGAGUCUUUAAAACAGGUUCUAUUUGUUAUUAUUGAACAGUCUACAAAAAGAUGUUUAGUCACUGUUCAAAAUUCACCUUUUUUUGUGCAAUUCCCAAGCUUCAACCAGCCUUAAACCAAAGGUAAAAUUUUGUAUUUUAAUGGCUGCUGAUAUGUUGAAAGAGAUUUUCAUUCAAAAUUAUUUAUAUGUAUUUUUUGUCUUGUGCAUAGAUAGACUGAUCUCUGAGAUAGUUUCGUGAAUAUGAUGGCUCUUUUCUAUGUAAGGCCUUGAUGCUUAAAAGCAUGUUAGUAGUACAGGCAACCUUGAAUUUAGUUGUUUUUUUUUACAAAACUAUUUUUUUUUGCAUCAUGUCUAUUUUUAUUAUGUGCCAUUCUUUUAUGUAAAUAUAUAAAACAGAUAUAUAUUAAAAUUCUGUAUGUUUUUAAUCAUUUUGUACAUACUAAUUUGAAGUUUGUUGUUUCAAAAUAAAUAGUUUGUUAUUAAACUGUCAACAAUGAAGAUUUUGUACAUGUCAAAGCAACACUGUAGGUGGUGAUGAGUUAUUAACCUUUGUUCCAGCUCAACAAUAAAUUAAUGUAGCCAGAAUUAGGACAUUAAAAUGAUUGUUUCUCUAAA